GCCCAACCACUUCCCGUGGACAGCACUGGGCUCCGGCGCGUCCGCCUUGACGUGAUUGGUUGGUGAGCGUAUCCGCUCCAGUGGCGUCACGUGGGCCCAACGGGCUCAGGUCGAGCGCGGGACGCGGAGGACGUUGGGCGUGCGUCGCGACCGCUCGCGCGGGGGUUUCCAGCUCCUGCUAUGGCGGCGGCGGUUGCGGAGGGCGCAAGCAUGGCUGCGGUUCCCGUGUCGGGCGCCCACAGCCCCAGCAAGCCGCCCGUCGGCGAAGGCGAGGGAGCAGCGGGCGAGGAGAAGAACGCUGGGAAGAAAGGAGCGGAGGCCGUGGGGGACAGCGAGGAGGACGGGGAGGAUGUGUUCGAGGUGGAGAGAAUCCUGGACAUGAAGACUGAGGGGGGUAAAAUCCUUUACAAAGUUCGGUGGAAAGGAUACACCUCAGAUGAUGAUACCUGGGAGCCUGAGGUUCAUCUUGAAGAUUGUAAAGAAGUUCUUCUUGAAUUUAGGAAGAAAGUUCUGGAUAACAAAGCUAAAGCAGUCAAGAAAGAUAUUCAGAGACUAUCUUUAAAUAAUGACAUAUUUGAGGCAAACUCUGAUAGCGAUCAGCAAAGUGAGACAAAAGAAGAUACUUCUCCAAAAAAGAAAAAGAAAAAAUUAAAGCAGAGAGAAGAGAAAAGUCCAGAUGAUCUGAAGAAGAAAAAAGCAAAGCCUGGGAAACUAAAAGAGAAAUCCAAACCAGACUUGGAGAACUCUGAAAUUUCACUUUUUGAUUUAAGGACAAAGAAAAGAAUUUCAGAAGCCAAAGAAGAAUUAAAGGAAUCCAAAAAGCCCAAAAAAGAUGAUAUAAAAGAAACUAAGGAACUAAAGAAAGUUAAAAAGGGUGAAAUAAGAGAUUUAAAGACUAAAAUAAAAGAAGAUUCCAAAGAAAACAGAAAAACGAGAAAAGAGAAAUGUGUUGAAUCUCAGUUGGACUCUGAAUCAGAUCUACUUAAUGAUCUCCCCUUUCAGGAGGGGGACAGUGAAGAUUUACAGUCUGACAACAGAGAAGAGAAACUAAAGAUUAAAAGCGGAAAAGACAAAGCAGGGCUAGAUGCAGCUCAAGAUGCUGUUCUAGAUAAACACCUGGACAGCCCCGGAAGUGCUGAUGAAGAUGCUGAUGUCAGAGGAAGGAGAAACAAAAAGAAACCCAGAAAGGCUGAGGAACUUAAAGAGAACAAAAAGCUAGAAAACAAGAACCUUUCUUUAGAGAAGAAAAAUGCACAUAAAAAGCAGAGGAAUCAAGACAAAAGUAGAAGUACUACUGAGUCAGAUAAUCUGACAUCUUCACUGGCCCAGACACAAAAGAGCUCAAGGGUGGGUGGGGAAGAGAGGGGCCUCCGGUCCACUGACUCUGGAGAAGAGAAAGAGACCAAAAAAAAUGAAUCCAAAGAAAAAUAUCAAAAAAGGUAUGAUUUGGACAAAGAAGAAAAAGGCCGCAAAGAGCCAAAGGGAUUAAACACAUUUAAGGAAAUCAGAAAUGCAUUUGAUUUAUUUAAAUUAACUCCAGAAGGAAAAAAUGAUUUUCCUGAGAAUAAUCAGAAAAGAGAAGAAACACCACUGGAUUGUAAUUUUGCAGAAGAUCAUAAAACCAAGGAAAACAAUCAGGUACUUAAAGAAAGGAGAAAUACAAGAGAUGAGACUGACACAUGGGCAUGUAUAGCUGCAGAAGGUGAUCAGGAUGUUCUAGAUGGUAUGUGCCCAGCCGACGAGAAUUCUGAUGGCAGACAGCAGAUUUUGAGUCUAGGCAUGGACCUGCAGCUGGAAUGGAUGAAACUAGAAGAUUUUCAAAAGCAUCUUGAUGGGGAAGAUGAGAACUUUUCUGUAACAGAUGCCAUUCCAAGCAAUUUAUUGAGAGAUGCUGUGAAAAAUGGGGAUUAUAUUACUGUGAAGGUUGCACUUAAUUCAAAUGAAGAAUAUAACCUGGACCAAGAGGAUUCAAGUGGGAUGACACUGGUGAUGCUUGCUGCAGCUGGAGGUCAGGACGAUCUACUGAGGCUUCUCAUCAGAAAGGGAGCCAAAGUGAAUGGCAGACAGAAGAAUGGGACCACCGCACUCAUUCAUGCAGCUGAAAAGAACUUUUUAACUACAGUGGCUAUUCUUUUGGAAGCAGGAGCUUUUGUAAAUGUCCAGCAGAGCAGUGGUGAGACCGCUUUAAUGAAGGCCUGUAAAAGAGGAAAUUUGGAUAUUGUACGACUUGUAAUUGAAUGUGGAGCCGACUGCAAUAUUCUGUCAAAGCACCAAACUAGCGCAAUGUAUUUUGCAAAGCAGUGUAACAAUGUGUUGGUGUACGACUUGCUGAAGAAUCAUUUAGACACACUUUCAAGAGUAGCAGAAGAAACGAUAAAGGAUUACUUUGAAGCACGCCUUGCUCUUCUAGAACCAAUUUUUCCAAUAGCAUGUCAUCGUCUCUGUGAGGGGCCAGAUUUUUCAAUGGAUUUCAAUUAUAAACCUCCACAGAACAUAACAGAAGGCUCUGGCAUCCUGCUAUUCAUUUUCCACGCAAAUUUUUUGGGUAAAGAUGUUAUUGCUCGACUCUGUGGACCAUGUAGUGUACAAGCUGUAAUUUUAAAUGAUAAAUUUCAACUUCCUGUUUUUCUGGAUAGUCAUUUUGUUUACUCAUUCAGCCCUGUUGCAGGCCUCAAUAAACUCUUUAUAAGGUUGACAGAAGCACCCUCUGCUAAGGUGAAAUUGCUAAUAGGUGCGUACAGAGUGCAGCUGCAAUGAUCAAACAGAGACUUGGGAUGGAAUGGCUUUCAGACCUAUUUUUAAAUACUCCCUUCCAAGCAGUUUGGAAUUCUGGCACAGCUAACACUUUCAAAUUUAAAGUUUGAUCUGCAAACCUCAUGCAGUUUAAGGCCUAUCAUCUGUUAUAUGUGGGACAUGAUGUGUUCUAUGUAAUAUAUUAUAAAAUACAGAAAUGUAAGUAUUUGUGCCAGUGCUUUGAAGUUGAUGUUGUGUCUGAACUGCAUACUUAGUUUUCCACAAUGUGGAAUGGUACAGGGUUAUUUAAGAAAAUUACUUUUUUUGUUAACUUGAAAUUUUCUUUUUAAUUUGACAUUUUCUACUACCCCAGGUGAAUUUCUGUAAAUAAAGUAUGAAUUUUCCCCCCUUGAAAUUGGAGCAAAAAGGUCUGAUCUAUUUCUGAUAUGUUUCCUUUAUUUGAAAAGAUCAGACCCUAAGAAAUCAACCAGAACGUUGUGAGGCCUAAAAAGAAAUAUUACACGUGCCCUUACUUUGAAUCCUGGGAGGCUAGACCGUGGGGUUACUGAACUUUUCCAUAGGUAAAACUCUUAUUUGGCGAACUAAUAAAUCAAGCUCAGUCUGGAUUAUAGAAAUGUUUAAAAUGUAGUUCCUGAUUAGUUUUAUAAUUGUGAGUUAUAAUUUUAAUAAAAUUUUCAGAAUGUCACAUAUUAGCCCCUAUACAUUGUGUUUACAAUUCAGACAGCCAUUUUUAUUUUACAUACUGAAACUGCCUUUCUCAUUAAAGUACCACAAUGUUGGUCUUUCUUAUUUCUUUGUAUCCCAUAUAAAUGUGGAUACCAAAUGUGUAGUUUUUAGCUAAAUUUUGUACUAGUACUGUAUCUGAUUUCAUAGCUUUUGAAAAAAAAUUGAGAUUUGAGUUAGCAACAGUGCAUAAGAUCAUUAAGGGGGAGGGGGUCAAUAGUACCUUGGUCCAGUACAUAUAAGAGGAAUGGGCUUUUUAAGAAAAUUUCUAUUAGGUCAUAACUACUAGUGAGUAGAAAAUAAGACAGUUCCUUUAGGAGUUUAGGCUGAGAAAUAAGAAUGAGCUAUGAAAAGUCAUCAAGGGGAAAAUGAGUGAGUUAUUUCAACUGAACCAGGAUCAGAGAACAUGAAAGUUUGAGUCGGUGCCAGAUGUGCUAACUGGAAUACAUGUAGAGGCACAUAAUUUAAUACAGUUGCUCAGAAGUAUAGCUUCUCUAAAAACAUACUUGUCCCUGAGUGGAAAAUGCUGAAAGUUCUGGUUUCAUAUAUGUAAAUGGUAUGAACAGUGAUUUCUCUGGGAAACAAAUCAAUUUCUAAGUAUUAACUUACCAAAACGUAUACAGAUAGGCUUAGUACCACAGGUCAAAACAAAUCAAUCUCCUUGUAUAAAAUGUGUAUAAAUAACACAGAACACAUACCUGAGCUUAUUAUUUCAACCACAGGUGAUCUCAUGACUAAGCAGGUCAUCACAAAUGGGAUGCAUUCCUCUUUGGCCAGACUCCCU